AUGGACAACAGACCGAUUUUGCUUGGACUGCUGCUAGAAUUUUUAGUGCUGAGUCUGAAUGACGCUGUUCAAUUUAAAUUCACAAAUUUUGUCUGUGAAACUAUCAAUAAAUCGUGGGUUAACAUAACUCAAUGCAAGUUGCAGGCUGUUAGCCGUAAUGAGACAUAUUUAAAUUUUAAUGUGACAUUGCUACAACCUGUUAAUAAAGAUGUUUUGGUUGAAGGUCAGAUAUUUAAACGUGAAAAUGGCUACAAGCCAUGGCUUUAUAAGGCAUCCCUCGAUGGCUGUCGGUUUGUAAGGAAACCCUAUAAUCCCAUUGCAAUAAUCGUCUAUAAGAUAUUCAAAACAUAUUCAAACAUAAACCACACUUGUCCGUACGAGGGUUAUGUAUUAGUCCAAAAAUUGAAUCUGAAAUUUGAGUACCUUCCACAUGCUAUACCAACGGGCGAUUAUCUAUUGAAAUUGGAUUGGCUUAUUGAAAAAAAAUUGCAAUUGAGAACAAAUGUUUUCUUUAAGUUCGUGGAGGACUUAUAA